AUGAUUCUCACACUCUUCUGCUCGUUGCUGCUCGCACUCGUCCGAUUCAGUUCUUCCCAGUCAGUCUCGUCCAGCGAUGGCUAUACCGGCUACUCGCUUAGCGUGACUGGCAACGACACCGAAUCUGCAGUCUACGAGACCGAGGAGACCGACACUUCGAAUGGUGCUGUUACCAACACCAGUCCUCCACCUGACGUCUUUCUCAACGCCAGCGUCUCGGUCGGCGAGAUCGACAUCACCGUGAAGAACCUAUCCGCAAAAAUCAACAUCGAUGCCCAAGUACUCUCCCUCCUUCAAUUCAAUGCUGGCGUCGAUCUGAGCAUCAACUCCGUGCAGUUGACCAUUCAGAACGUGUCGGCGAAGGUCGAACUCGAGGCACGGCUGGAGAAUCUGGUGUUGAUGAUCAACGACACACUCAACUCAAUCGACCUGAACCCUGUGAUUGCUACUCUGGGGUCUGAUGUCGGCAACCUGGUCGGCGGGGCUCUCGGCGGUAGUAGCACCAGCAGCAGUAGCCCAUCGUCGUCAACGAGCGGCCUGUCUGCCCGCUCCGCGCUUCUCGACGAGGGUAUCCUCUAUUCAAUCAACGACUACAGUGGCAACACGCAUACAAAUCGAAUCCUCGACCAGGCCGGCAACAUUGUCGAUCAGAAACUCCAUAACGAUGGAUCCGUCUUCUCGUCCCAGGUGGUCGGAUCGUUCUGGCAUGACAUGAUCUUUACGGGGCACGAGCGGGCCGUUCUUUUCAACGGGGAAAACGCAAAGGAGUUGGAGUAUUCGUACACGCCGUUCAACGGCUUUAGCUCCAUCGCAGCUAUAUAUCAGGAUGCCAAUGGCAAUGUAUUGGGGACGAGGGUGCUGAGUGAGAUCGAGGGCGGAGGGUCGAGUACGAUUGCUGACGACUGA